UCCCAUGCCGACAAUGUUUCUGGGUCAGCUGUGCGGGAAGUGAACGACGGCGAGUGGGAAAAGUUGCCGAGCAUACGACCAAACAAACGCCUGCAUUCGCACGGCUUAGACGCCGCAAGCGCGUCGCUCUACAAUCACCCCUGCACGCACGGGACUUUAGCAAAGACGCCUUGCAGGGGAAUGGAGCGCUCGAGGCCUCUACUAAUCUCCAUGGAUGCUGGCGGCGCCAUGUGACUGGUGAAACUUUCAGUGCUAUAUAGAUGCAGCGCCCGACCGGUGGGCGUAUUGUUGAACUGCUCGGACUUUCCCGACAGCUUCUCGUCGACUGUUGGCAGCAUGCGCACCACAUUUCUUUUCGCCCUUCUGGCCGCCGUUGCUGCCGCCUCGCUAGACCGCAAACAUCAGCAUCCGCCUCACUGGCAUCAGUCGGUGUGCACUACCACGAAGUAUACGUCGACGAAGACGAUCACUAGCACCCUCUCGACGGGGACUUCGACUCACACGUCGACAACCACUACGACAUCCCUCCUGCCAAUUGUUAGCUGCGUCGCGCCGACCACUACUGGUGGAGUCGGCAAGCGUGGCUAUCGCGGUCGCGAGCACACUCCGCCUCCUCAUCACGAGCAAUGCUGGAGUACCACUACUGUUUCCCGCGUGUCCACUGUCACAUCCAUCUCUACCGUUGCUGCGACCACCACCACAAAGACUUCAACCGUUGUCAGCUCCCUUCUAGCACCGACCCAAACCGACUUUGCCGGCUCUUUCCUCAUCUACGACCAAACAGGCGCAGACACGUUCUAUGUCUUUCACGGCACGUUCGUCGAUGUCCUUGCCCUCCAGAAUAACGAUGACGGAGAUGAAUUCAGCCUCGUAGCCGGCGCCAUCAGUGUUCUCCAAUCAGGCAACAACGGUGAAGCCGACGGCGAUUUCCUCUAUACGGAUCAAAACCUGAUCGAAGGUGAUGGUGUGCUAGCCCUAUCAACAGCCGACGCAGCCGGGGAAACUGCGGAGGGAAAUGCUGCGACGCUGUUGUCAUGCUCAAUCUCGCAGAACGCCGACGGAACUUGCCCUUUGACGUGCACAGGAAAUGGUGGUAGCCAGUUCUACUAUUGUGCCAAUGAAGGCAAUGCUAUCCAACUCGACGGCGAUGCUUCCCCUGGGGAUUGUGGUAACUACGCGUACACAUCGCUUUCGGCGUUUAUCGUGUCGGCUCCAAUUGCGGCGCAGUGCCCUCGUUCGUUAGAAGGACGGAGUUGCUAGGGGGUUGCUAGGGGGUUGCAACAGUAAGAGCGAGAAGAGACGUUUCUGGUUGGAACGCGUUCGAGGUCUUCGAGAAAGGGGGCUGGUCAGCUUUCAUUCCUACUAUACAUAGCCCUUUACGCGCUGCAUCA